CACCACCACGCAGCCAUAGGUUAAAAUGUGGCGAGCAACUGUAGGUUAUAAUGUAAAUGAUGCAAAAAAUGGUGAUGGAGGUGAUGAUGAUUGGGAAACUGAUCCAGAUUUCAUUAAUGAUGUCACUGAAGAAGAGCAAAGAUGGGGCUCUAAAACUGUUGAGGGAUCAGGAAGAACAUCUGCUGCCAUCAAUAUUCAAGAAUUAAGGUCAAAUGUCGUAAAAGAUGAUACCGAAUUUAAAAAACAAGUAUUAGAAAGUGGUCUCAAGUCUUCCUAUGGGUAUGGUGGAAAAUUUGGAGUUCAAGCUGACAGAAUGGAUAAGUCUGCUGUGGGCCAUGAUUAUGUAGCUCAAGUUGAGAAACAUGCAUCCCAGGUUGAUGCAGUCAAAGGAUUUGGUGGGAAAUAUGGAGUUCAAGCUGAUAGACAAGAUAAGUCUGCAGUUGGAUGGGAUCAUCAUGAAAAACUUAACAAACAUGCUUCACAGAAAGAUUAUGCAUCUGGAUUUGGUGGAAAAUAUGGUGUACAGAAAGACAGAGUAGAUCGUAAUGCUGUUGGAUGGGAUUACUUAGAAAAAACAGAAAAGCAUGAAUCACAGAAAGAUUAUGCCAAAGGAUUUGGUGGCAAGUUUGGUAUCGAUAAAGAAAGGCAAGAUAAGUCUGCUGUUGGGUGGGAUUAUCAAGAAAAAAUGGAGAAACACCCUUCUCAAAAAGAUUAUACUUUAGGAUUUGGUGGAAAGUAUGGUGUACUUACUGAUCGACAAGACAAGUGUGCUGUUGGGUGGCAACAUAUCGAAAAAGUGCCCAAACACCAAUCCCAGAUUGAUUAUGCUAAAGGAUUUGGUGGCAAGUUUGGAGUGCAAGAAGACAGGAAAGAUAAGUCAGCACUAGGUUGGGAAGAAGUAACAAAAGUCGAAGCACAUCCUUCACAGACUGAUAUGAAGAAAGGUUUUGGGGGUAAAUUUGGUGUAGAAACAGAUAGGCAAGAUAAAUCGGCUCACUCUUUCUCAGAAGUUGAAAAACCACAAUCAUCAUAUCAGAAACUUCGUUCGGAAUCAGUGGGUUCGGCUAAGGCUAGCAGUCUAAGAGCUCGCUUUGAAAAUAUGGCGAAAGUUGAGGAAGAAGAGGCAAGGAAACGAGCUGAAGAGGAGAGGAAAAAACGUUUAGCUCGUGAGGAAAAAGAAAAGGAACUUGCUAAGAAAGAUGAAGAGGAACGUCAAAGGAAAUUGAGCUUAAGAGAAGAUUAUGAUGAUUAUGAUGAUCAGAAAGAAUCUGUAUCUGUUCCGACUGUGCGCACAUCAUCAGUGGGUGUACCAACUCCCCUUCUUCAAGCUGCAACUACAGCCAAAAAUGCAUCACCAGAACAAUCAUUCCAAUUUGUUCCUGCUCAACCACCACCUCAGUUUGAU